AUGUUUGAUUAUAAUGUUUGGCCACUGCCUGCUAGUAGACCAGCCCAGCUGCUUGGAGAGCUGUGUGGAGCUGGUGUCAGCUGCGAUGCAUGUUUAAAAGGAAAUUUUCGAGGUCGCAGAUACAAGUGUUUAAUUUGCUACGAUUACGAUCUGUGUGCAUCUUGUUAUGAAAGUGGUGCAACAACAACAAGGCAUACAACUGACCAUCCAAUGCAGUGCAUACUAACAAGGGUAGAUUUUGAUUUGUACUAUGGUGGAGAAGCUUUCUCUGUAGAGCAGCCACAGUCUUUUACUUGUCCUUAUUGUGGAAAAAUGGGUUAUACGGAAACAUCUCUUCAAGAACAUGUUACUUCUGAACAUGCAGAAACAUCAACAGAAGUGAUCUGUCCAAUAUGUGCAGCAUUACCUGGAGGGGAUCCUAAUCAUGUCACAGAUGACUUUGCAGCUCAUCUUACACUGGAACACAGAGCUCCUAGAGAUUUAGAUGAAUCCAGUGGUGUUCGGCAUGUUCGUAGAAUGUUUCACCCAGGCCGGGGAUUGGGGGGUCCUCGCGCACGUAGAUCAAACAUGCACUUUACUAGCAGUUCCACUGGUGGGCUUUCAUCUUCGCAGAGUUCAUAUUCUCCAAGCAAUAGGGAAGCCAUGGAUCCUAUAGCUGAGCUUUUAUCUCAGUUAUCGGGGGUGAGACGUUCUGCAGGAGGACAGCUCAAUUCCUCUGGCCCUUCUGCUUCUCAGUUACAGCAGCUGCAGAUGCAACUGCAGUUAGAACGACAACACGCACAGGCAGCACGACAACAGCUGGAGACUGCACGCAAUGCAACCAGGCGCACCAAUACGAGUAGCGUCACCACCACAAUUACACAAUCUACAGCAACAACCAACACAUCUAACACAGAAAACAGUCAGCAGACUAUCCAGAAUUCCCAGUUUCUUCUUACAAGGUUGAAUGAUCCGAAGAUGUCAGAAGCAGAGCGUCAGUCAAUGGAAAGCGAGCGGGCAGACCGUAGCCUAUUUGUUCAAGAGCUUCUACUGUCCACUUUGAUGCGGGAAGAAAGUUCCUCCUCAGAUGAGGAUGAGCGGGGGGAGAUUGCCGAUUUUGGUGCUAUGGGCUGUGUAGAUAUUAUGCCUUUAGAUGUUGCUUUAGAAAACCUAAAUUUAAAAGAGAGUAAUAAAGGAAACGAGCCUCCUCCACCUCCUCUUUGAUGACAUCCCACUUCGCAGACAAUGUCCUCUGUGCUGUAUUUGCCAAUGAAAGUGGACAACAACUAUCUUGGGUUUGUUUUGGUGAUUGUAAUUUCAGGUCUGUCACUCUUGUUACAUUGUGUACAUUCAAAAGGAAGAGAGAAAAGAUAUAUAUGAUAAUCAUUUCCACUUAACUAAUUUUUACUUCUAGCAGGUAAAUGUAGGUUGCAGUGCAGAGGAGAAAAACCUCUGUCCUGUACCUUGACAUGCAAAAGGCUCUCCUAAUACUCCACAUUCAAACUGAAGAGGAAAAAAAAAUGAAAAAUCUCUAAUGAAGCUGCUGUGUGUAUUUAUGAAUAUUAAUGAAUAAAAACUGCUUGGAUGGUUUACCUUAACUACUGCAUGAGGUUUUUUGCAGCGUGCAUGAGUUUUAGUGACCUUGUCAUUUAAAAAAUUAAAUACAAGGAGUAAAACUAUAAAAACCCAAAGCUUUCCCAUUAUUCAAAGGUUACGUGACAAAAAAGGUUAUUGGUCACUAGCAGCUUGUAGCCAUGAAGUAGCUUUUGAAUAAUAUACGAUUGAAUCAUCUUUUUAUGUGCUUCCAGCACAUAAAGCAAGCUCUGCAGUGGGGUACGUUGUCAUUUUAAGGGUGUGGCAUUUUGCUGUAUGUGACCAUUAUGUUUGCCCUCUUAGUUGUCACAUUCAUGUGGAGUUCAGCUUUUUUAUGCAUCCGUAGGAGACACAACAGUAAGGCCACUGCUGGAAUCUGCUGCAAAAGGGCUUUUGUGUGCCCUGAAAUCAAAUCUUGUUCAUCUUUGUUUAAAGUUUUUCCUUUUGUGGUUGUUAAAUUUUUAAUUGUUAAACAUGUUUUAUUCAGGUGUAGAUGAUUCAUUUAUUCACUGUCUUUUUUUAAAAAAGAAAAAAAAAUUAACCUGGAUUAUGUUGUCUUAGUUUUAAAAGCCUUCACAGUCUCAAUCAUAUUUUUGAGUUAUUUAUGUAUUUGCUUCCUAGUUUGCAGAGACUUGUCAGUAUCAGGAGAGCUUGAGGAUUUGACUUCCCAGACUUUGUCAAUAUAUUGCAACUGAAUUCUUAAUGCUAACUUUAGCACCUUUUAUUUAUUGUUUCUUUUGAUUAUUUUUCUGGCUUAAAACAAGCAAAAAGCCUUUGAAUUGAAUCAUGCCACCUACAUGCCUAUACUAUUAAUCCUCUAUGUAAAAAAAAAAAAAAAUGUACAGUGUUUUUGUGCAUAGACUUUCAUAAUAGCCCCAAAGCAAGGACAGUAGGGGUUUGGGUUUGGUUUUGGGUUGGGGUUUUUUUUUUUGUUUUUUUGGAAUGUUAAAGUUAGACUAUAAAGACAAAUGCACACAGCUUCUGAUGAAUUUAAACUAGGCUUAUACCAUAAUCAUGUAUUUCCAGGUCUUUAGCACCUCACCCCCUCUCUCCUUCUCUGUAUCCUUCCAUCUUUGCACCAUUUCAACCAUUUUAGAAUAAAAUUGCAGACUUGAGCACCAGAUGGUGUUCUCAAUAGAACUGUGACAUGUAUACUAAUCUAAGUAACAAAAAGCCACCCUCUAAGUUGAAAGUUUCAGUUUUGACCUCAUUUUCUUAAUCCUCAAUUCCAGUGAUUCCCACACAGUUACAGCAUUCGCUUUGUUUUCUUUUAGUCUCUGCAACAGAAAUUAUUUUAAGGGAAAUUUUACACCAGUUCUCUGGUUAUUCUAGGAGUUACCCCAGUAGGGAUUUUUUUUAUUGAUUGUUGAGGAUUUUCAAAACCAAUUUUCAAGCUGUAGUCUUUUCAAACACAUCUGCACAUUACAGUAAGACACACCGUUCAAUAAAGCAUUUUCAAGACUGUU